CCUUGAUGGUCAACUAUGACUCUUUUUUUUCUUCUCCCCCUCCUCCCCUCCUCCCCUCCGUGCCUCCUUCCCUACGAACCUGGACGAACCUGCCUUGCCCCGGGGGGCUCUUUCUCUCUCUCUCUUGCAAGGUGCAACUGCUCCUGCCUUGCCGGCUUGGGGCUGGGCAGCAGCAGCCAUUCAGCGGUGCAGCUUGCCAGAAACCACAAAGGCUGGGCCACUGCAGAGGGUGUGUUGCUGCCGCACACGAGUGGUUGAGCAGCCAUUUUAGGCUUGGCGGGGCUAACCUCAAACGACAUGGCGUGGAACAAGUUGGACCAAUCAAGAAGAAGGUUACGACGUGAGCAGCCACUUGGCGACGGAAGAUGCCAGAGCCAAAAUAGUCGUGCAGAAGAUUUGAUGCAGGCCGUGAGGGGGGAGAGAGAACUUGAGAAGAGCUCCAAGCUCCAAGCUCAGGCACCGGAGCAGAAAGCCAGACAGACCCCAAGGUUGCUAGGCAUCAAGGGGUGGGAUGAAUGCAUGGAACGAAAUGGAAAUGGAUACCUUACUUUACACAGUCCACCACAAGGCCACAGUGUUGCGUUUGGUUUGGUUGGUGGCGAUGGAAAGUUCGGGCAUCAUCUCGGGCGUUUGGGCCGGGUGGGAACAGAAGCAGAGAUACCUAAACGACCAUCGGGGACGGGAGGACAAGCAAUGAAGCAGGUAGGGACGCAGUUGAUGAUUGAGCAGUUUGGGGCCUUGGGCAGAGAACAAGCAGACAGCAGACAACGAACUGAGAGGACACUCAGGAUAGCAACACUGGAACAGAACACAUGAGAGGUGGGUAAAGUGGAGUUUGGGGGGAUAUGCAACUGUCAAUAUGUGAGAGAGUGUGAGUAAGAGGCAAGGGGAUUUGGGGGCAUUUGAUAUGUGUGUGAGGUGUGUAUGAGCAGCUGGAUGAGUAUGAGUAA